AUGUCAUUAUCACAAUUGGAGUCAGACCCCUCAACUUCACAGUCAUUAGUCCAGGAUGCCCAACAGGAAGCCGAAUCCGAUGUAAUAAAUGCAGAACCCAAAGACACUGAACAACAAAGAGAUAUAGGUUUGAUCCCUGAUAGGCCAUCUCGAGUGCAGAUUGAAGAUUUUGUUAGACAGGGCCCUCAGCCAAUACCAAGUCAAAUUGCUUCAGAUGAUAAGGGUAACAGUUUCCCUUAUACAGUUUUGAAAGUUCAGAGACCAAAUGAACAUGAGCAUACAAACUACCACAAACAGUGUUAUCUAGACUGGCGUCAGUUAGAAGCACGUUUGAAAGAGGAAUCUGGAAUUGAUGAUCAGUUACAGAGAUCAAUUCAGUCUGAGAAAAGUAAAUGGAAGCUAAUUCUAAAACGAAUCUUGGAUGUUGUACUGACUUUAGGAGAGCGAGGCCUUUCAUUUCAAGGAGAGUCUAGCAUGAUAUGUGAUACAAAUAAUGGAAAUUUUCUUGGUAUAAUUGAGCUGCUUUCUCGUUAUGAUCCCAUUCUUCAAGAUCAUGUAUCUAAAGUGAGAGAAGCUCAGAAGGAUGGGAAGCGUCGUCAGGCUCAUUAUCUUUCCUAUUCGUCACAAAAUGAAUUCAUUCAAUUAUGUGCCGAAAAGGUUAAAGACUGUAUUCUUAAUGAGCGUGAUCAGGCCAAAUAUUAUUCAAUAAUGGUUGAUGCUACCCCGGAUAUGUCACAUACUGAACAAAGUACAUUCAUCCUGAGAUACCUAACUUGUGAUGAAUGUGAAAUAUCCCAACUGAAGAGUUUAACAGCUAAAACUAAAGUAGAUGUGGCAGCCGCUAUUAAGUAUGUGUCUUCUUUUGAAUGUAUUUUGAUGGCUGCUUUUUGGUUCAAGUUAUUGAAUUCAAUAGAUCAGAGAAAUCAGGUGAUUCAAGCUCAGUCUUCUACUGUAGAUAUUGAAGUAAAAAACAUAGAGGACUUGGAAACUGAAUUGCAGUCUCUCAAAAAGAAGUGGCAUUUAAUUUAUGAUGAAGCCAAAGUUGUUGUAGUUGCCAUGAACAUUGACCCAGUAUUUCGAGUCACUCGGAAAGGAAAAAGAAAAUCCUUUUUUGAUGACUCCGACUCUGAUGAUGAUAAGGUAUCAGGUGAAGAUUCACUUAUACAGACAGACGAACAUAGGUUUAAGAAAGAAGUGUUUUUUAAGGUUAUUGACACAGUAUGUGAGAGACUAAACAAGCGUUACCAGGCCAUCUUCCAGAUUAACAAACUAUUUGGGUUUCUGUGGUCAUAUCUUGAUAUGACUGAUGAAGUGAUAGUAAAUGAUUCUAAAACCUUUAGCACUGAGUAUAGCAAAGACAUCUCUAGUGACAAGCUAACUGAGGAAAUUCUCUGGAUGGGCUCACUUCGCUCGCCAAAUGGUAGGGGGCCAAUGACACUCACAGUACCAGGGCCCAGUGAUGGCUCUCCCUGGCCCUGCAUAGGUCACGAUGACAUGACAUAG